UCAUCAAUAGCCGUUCAGCUCUAGAUUGCAGAGAAACAGAAAGACAAAGAAACAAAAUGUUCUCUGUAAAAGCUGUGCUCGUUCAAUAGCCAAAAAGUUAGUGACAACUGGCCAUCGCGAUCUGCACUUUUUGCAUUGCCAGUGGGCCUAAAAUAGUGGGUCUAUAAAUACGAGAGGAUGAAAAUAAACUGCAUUUAAGUGCAACGGCUGCGAGUGUGUGCGUGUGUGAGAGCGAGAGCGCGCGCGUGUGUGUAUGCGUAUACAUGUGGAUAAACGAAAAUAAAACAAGGGACCGCUCCCCGCCGAAUUGCCACCCCGCAAAGUUCAUCAUCCGGCCGAGAAUAGGUGGAACUGCAUCGCACUAAAUCGGCCACCAUCCCCCCGCCCCCUGUUCGUCCUUCAUCCACCUCCUUUUCCUGUGCAUACAACAACAUCAACCACCAGCGCCCUUACAACAACUGUUACAAAAGCGAAAGAGAGACACCCCGCACCACACGAACACACACACACACACACACACACACAUACACCGAGUGUCCUCGCCAGAAUUUCCAACAUCCCAAUCCCAAUCACAAUCUCAACCGUAAUUGUAAUCCAAAUCCCCCACGAUGGACUCUGAUAUCGAAAUGGAUUUGGAAUCGGACAACGAUGGGGAAUACGACGACGACUACGAUUACUAUAAUACAGGUGAAGACUGCGAUGUGGAGCGCCUGGAUCCGAAGCGGGCCGAUCCCGAGUACUUCGAGUUCGACUGCCUCACUGUUGAGGACAUCGAGAAGCUGCUGAACGAGCGCGUGGAGAAGCUGAACACCAUCCUGCAGAUCACGCCCUCGCUGGCCAAGGUGCUGCUGCUGGAGCACCAGUGGAACAACGUGGUCGUGGUGGAGAAGUACCGUCAGGACGCCAAUGCGCUGCUGGUAACGGCGCGCAUUAAGCCGCCGCAGGUGGCGGUAGCGGAUACCGCCUCGACGAGUGCAGCGGCAGCGGCGGCCAGUGCACAACUGCUGCGAUUGGGGAGCAGCGGAUAUAAGACGACGUCAUCGACGGCGCCGCAGUACCGCAGCCAGAUGUGCCCGGUGUGCGCCAGCUCCCAACUGGGAGACAAGUUCUACAGCCUGGCCUGCGGGCACUCGUUCUGCAAGGACUGCUGGACCAUAUACUUCGAGACACAGAUCUUCCAGGGAAUCUCCACGCAGAUCGGAUGCAUGGCUCAGAUGUGCAAUGUUCGGGUGCCCGAGGACCUGGUGCUGACACUGGUCACAAGACCGGUGAUGCGGGACAAGUACCAGCAGUUCGCGUUCAAGGACUACGUCAAGUCGCACCCGGAGCUGCGCUUCUGCCCCGGGCCCAACUGCCAGAUAAUCGUGCAAUCAUCGGAGAUCUCCGCCAAACGUGCCAUCUGCAAGGCUUGCCACACGGGCUUCUGCUUCCGGUGCGGCAUGGACUACCACGCGCCCACCGACUGCCAGGUGAUCAAGAAGUGGCUGACCAAGUGCGCGGAUGACAGCGAGACGGCCAACUACAUCAGCGCCCACACCAAAGACUGCCCCAAGUGUCACAUCUGCAUCGAGAAGAACGGCGGCUGCAAUCACAUGCAGUGCUUCAACUGCAAGCACGACUUCUGCUGGAUGUGCCUGGGCGACUGGAAGACGCACGGCUCCGAGUAUUACGAGUGCUCCCGCUACAAGGACAACCCCAAUAUUGCCAACGAGUCGGUGCAUGUGCAGGCCCGCGAGGCGCUGAAGAAGUACCUGCACUACUACGAGCGCUGGGAGAACCACUCCAAGUCGCUGAAGCUCGAACAGCAGACGAUCGACCGGCUGCGCCAGCGGAUCAACUCCAAGGUGAUGAACGGCAGCGGCACCUGGAUCGACUGGCAGUAUCUCUUCAACGCGGCGGCACUGCUGGCCAAGUGCCGAUACACGCUGCAGUACACCUAUCCGUACGCCUACUACAUGGAGGCCGGUUCGCGAAAGAAUCUCUUUGAGUAUCAGCAGGCGCAAUUGGAGGCCGAGAUCGAGAACCUGUCGUGGAAGAUUGAGCGCGCCGAGACAACAGACCUGGGUGAUCUCGAGAAUCAAAUGGACAUCGCUGAGAAGCGGCGCACCACCCUACUCAAAGACUUCUUCCCAUUGGAUGCAUAGGAAAAUUAAACGCUUCCAGGACCCCCAGAACAGGCAGAUUGUUCCGUUUAGCACAAAUAAUUCUGAACGAAAUAACGAGACGCGACCGGACACGACAGUAUAUAGACGCUUAUUUAAACUAAAUUAUACACACACACUUACUUGUAUCCAUCUAGCAGUAGGCCUAACAACGUGUAGCUAAUUUUAAAAUUAAACAAAUAAUCAAGUGCAUAUAGGCUAGAGUACAUACCAUAGGGCAUAGUCGACUACUUGAAGUAAAAUAAUAAUAGUUGUGACCUUUGAAAUCACUCAAAAUGAUCGGUGUAACUGCAAUACAACGCCUUGCGCAGAACGUUAACGAUAGUAGCUAUAGACCUAGCGAUAGCGAUAGCUAUACCAUAACUCUAACUAUAAAUUUAGCAACUGACAAACCAGACGCAUUUCAGUGGCCAAGUGUUCCAACAGUUUUCCAAAAACUAGCCCAAAUGACCCGACGAAAUGCAGAAACAAUUCUAAAUUUAUAGCGCCGCAAGUCAAGCAAUUAUAGAUCAAAGACCGCGUAUAGAGAUCGGUUUUUCGGCUAGACCCUAAGUUUUAAAUCUCGUAUUAACCCAGGGUUGAGCAGCAGGCGCGUUAACAGCAUCAAGUAUUCGUAAUCUCGUUACUAACCGCAGCACAUCAAUCGAACGAAAGAAGUCUUUAAUUAUAACGAAACUAGGUAUUCCCCGUCCCCUGAUCGCGCUCCCUUCGAUUCUCACUCGAUUCUCGAUUAACGUUGUAAGCUGAAUCAUAAAUUAUAUUCUAGGAUUAAGCUAUGUAUUUAUGCUUAUGCGACUGAAUUUGAAUUAAAUUUACACUAGAUAUACAA